UGCUGGUAGUAGUCACAUGUCCAGAGCAUCUUUGAAAAGAUGCCAUUGAAGCUGCGGCAUUUCUCGCCAUCCUGCCUCUCACUGAGAGCCGUGACUGACUUUCUUUUGCUAGGUCACCAUUCAGUGCCCAGCAGAUCCAGCAUCAUGUGUAACAGAUUUGUGGGUACCUGGAAACUGGUCUCCAGUGAAAACUUUGAGGAUUACAUGAAAGCUCUAGGGGUGGGUUUAGCCACUAGAAAAUUGGGAAAUUUGGCCAAGCCCACUGUGAUCAUCAGCAUGAAGGGUGAUAUUAUAACCAUCCGGACUGAGAGUACCUUUAAAAAUACAGAAAUCUCUUUUAAGCUGGGCCAUGAGUUUGAAGAAACCACAGCUGAUAACAGGAAAACAAAGACUACUAUAACCUUAGACAGAGGAGCACUGAAUCAAGUUCAGAAAUGGGAUGGCAAAGAGACUACAAUAAAAAGAAAGUUGGUGGAUGGAAAAAUGGUGGUGGAAUGCAAGAUGAAAGGGGUUGUUUGCACUAGAAUCUAUGAGAAAGCAUGAGAACGCUCAGUCUCCUCACUCAGAUGGAAAUCUAAGCCAGACUAGAUCAAUAAGCCAAGCCUGAUGCUGCUGCUUUUUUGCUCUUUUCAUUUGUACCGAUCAGGAAAAUGACUAAACUGUGGAAUUGUAUUUAAAAGCUGGAUUGUAACUAAUUUAAACUGCCAUGGUCAUCAAGAUCAAAGCAAUCCAUCGUGUGGGUAUGUUCAUUGCAUUUAAUCUAGUAGCACUAGUUAGGCUCAAAGGGUUGAGUACAUCACUUAAUAUACUUGGAAAGUCUUACUCUUACCUAUGAUCUCUGUGAUGGAUCAGAAAUGAUGCCAAUAAUCAAGAUUUCAAUUAAACUAUAGCUCAGCUCAUACAGUUAGGAGCGUGCAGUUGGUUACAGACUAGUUACCAUUAUAGAUUCAAGUUCCUCUUACAGGGCUUCAAAGAGCUACCUUAGUUUCCAGAUCUCAAAAAACAGUCUAGAUAGCAGAUGAAUCUGGUUUAAUCACAGCAUUAAAAAAAAUGCAAUUUGUCUCUUUGGAUAUAGAGACUCUAGGUCUUUGUCACCUAAUCAAAUGAGGUUUAUUACAAUAAAUAAAUAAAUAGCUCUCCAAUGCAAUGAAAUAAGUUAAAUAAUCUAUAAUUAAUAGUUGUUAAUUAAUCCUAAUAUCAGCUUUCUUUGCCAACCGAUUUGUUUUGGAAAGUGAAAAAAGUGAAAAAAUAAAUUCAUUAGAAUUCCAGAAAGCCUUUCAUAAGUACUUAAAAAAUUCCAACGUACCAUUAUUUCAUUACUGUGUUUACUCCCUUCACCAAUGUAGUCCAUGUACCCUCCAAGUCUUAGUAGAUUACUUGGCAGCUUCUUUGGUCAAAUGAACUUCUUGCCUAGGAGCCACCUUUCUCACCUUGGGCAUCUCAAUAUUAACAUAGGUUGGUCCUCCAGGUGAUAGAUGCCAACUUGUAGCCUUGCUGCUUCUUAGGACGUGUCACACCUUGUGUUUUGAGAAACCAAGGUGAUCUCUGUGAA